CGUCACGCAGGACCCUGUGCAGAUCCCCUCCAUUUCCGCUUCGAAGGCGAGGAGCUCGAGCGGUAGCUGCAGCAACCGUUUGGCGGAGACUUAGUGUCCAGAACUUGUCCGGAACCAAGGUGCCCCAAUCUCCUGUCUCUUGGCCCAGACCCCUGCCUGCGGUCCCUGACCACAGCUGUCAUGCCUCGUGGGCAGAAGAGUAAGCGCCGUGCUCGUGAUAAACGUCGCCAGGCCCAGGCUGAGACCCACGGUCUUCAUGAUCAGGCUUCCACAUCUAGGGGAGAAGAGACCACCUCCUCCUCCCCUCCUGAUUCAGAGAGUGCGCCCUCAAGCUCGUCUGCUGCUGGCACCUCCAAGGGGCCUCCGGGAGCCCAAGGCAGCACCAGUGCUGCUGCAGGUGCUAUACGCAAAAGAUCUGGUGCCGGUGGCGCAGCACGCUCGAGAUCUGGAGUAGGUGGCACAGCACGCUCGAGAUCUGGUGCAGGUGCCGAGGGCCAAGUUCAGGGAGGUGAAAAUUCCUCCCAGGCCUCAGCUGCUGCUGAGAGCUCUCACACAGAUCUUCUGACCAUGGAGUCAGAGAAUUUGGUGCAGUACAUGCUGUUUAAGUAUAAGAUGAGGGAGCUAAUUAAGAGGUCAGAAAUGGUGAAGGUUAUCCACAGAAGGUACAAGGCGCAAUACCCUGAGAUCCUCAGCAGGGCCUCUGAGCAGAUGGAGAUGGUGUUUGGCAUGGUGCUGAAGGAAGUCAGGCCCAACAGUCACUGCUAUACCCUGGUGAGCAACCUAGAUCUCAGCGACAGUGAGUCUAUGAGAGGUGACUGGGGGCUGCCGAAGAAUGGUCUUCUGAUGCCUCUGCUGGGUGUCAUCUACCUGAAUGGCCAUCGCACCUCUGAGGAGGAGGUCUGGAAGUUCCUGAAUAUUCUGGGCAUCUAUGAUGGAAGAAUGCACUUCAUCUUUGGAGACACCAGGAAGCUCAUCACAGAAGAUCUGGUGAAGGAAGAGUACCUGGAAUACAACCAGGUGCCUGGCAGCAAUCCCCCUCGCUAUGAGUUCCUGUGGGGUCCUAACACGCUCACACAAAACAGCAAGACAAAAGUCCUGCAGAUUUUGACCAAGGUCAAUGAUUCAGCCCCAGACACCUUACUGCCACGUUAUGAGGACUCUUGGAGAGAGGAGGUAGAGAGCUCCCAAGCCAGAGCUGCAGCCGGGACCAGCCCUUCUGCCUCAGCCAGUGCUGCCCUUCUGCCUCGGCGAGACCUGGCACUUGUACUGCAGCUAGGGCUGACAAGUCUGCCACAGCCCGGCCUGGCCCUCCUGCCUCGGACAGUGCUGGCAAUCCUUCCUCGGCCAGACAUGGCACAUCGGCCUCGGCCAGGGCUGACAUAUCUGCCAGAACCAGUUCUGGCCCUUCUGCCUCAGCCAGUGCGGGCCCUUCUGCCUUGGCAAGUGCUUAGCCCUUAUGCCUCAGUCAGUGCUGGCCCUUCUGCCUCGGUCAGUGCUGGCCCUUCUGCCUUGGCCUGA